GGAUUAAAUAUCAAGUAUCAACCUCCUCUGUCUCGGAUUUGCAUCCAUCUGACAAAGGAGACGACGACAUCGACAGUGAUUUGAGAAAGAUCUUCCAAUAAAUUAUGGCAAGCGUAACAAGAAAGAUCUCAAGAAGGGACACUAGAAGCCGUCACCCUGGGCUGACACAGCAGAAAAGACAAGAGAUCAAAGAAGCGUUUGAGCUGUUUGACACUGAUGGAUCUGGUACUAUUGAUGCCAAGGAGCUGAAUGUUGCUAUGAGGGCCCUUGGAUUUGAAAUGACAGAGGAGCAAGUUGAACAUAUGAUAGCUGAUGUCGAUAAGGAUGGUAGUGGUGCGAUCGAUUUUGAUGAAUUUGUACACAUGAUGACUGCCAAGAUAGGGGAAAGGGACACUAAAGAGGAGCUCCACAAAGCAUUUAACAUACUAGACCAAGAUAAAAAUGGAAAAAUAUCUGCUGCUGAUAUUCAGCAAAUUGCCAAGGAAUUGGGUGAAAAUUUCACUGCAAGAGAGAUACAAGAAAUGAUUGAGGAAGCAGAUCGCGAUCGUGAUGGAGAAGUAAGCGCAGAAGAGUUUAUGAGGAUGAUGAGGAAAACCAGCUAUGGAAACUAGUACAAAAUCAUACUACUGUUAAGUUUGAAGUUUUAAACGAGACCAACUUUUCGACUUUGAAGUUGCUUGUCCUUUUUUCCC